AUGGUUCGCGUCACCGAGGAGCUGGCCUUGUCGCCAGACAAUGUCAUUCUUUACCAAGCUACCGACCCCCUGCUGGGCCAUCUUCCAGUCUUGAUAUUCCACGGCCCUUCGACCACCGCCAACCACAACUUCAACAGUUCAAGAGUACAGGUCCAUAUAUACAGCCCAGCAGGCUUUCAAUCGUUCCCGCGCCUUACCAUAUCGCCUAAUUCCCCCUUCUACAAUGUCGUCAACCACUUGCCGCGCGAGUUUCAAGGCGACGAGAUCUACCGAGCGCUGGCUUUCGGCUUGUUCAAAUACUUCCACGAGCUGCCGGAUUCUGCGAAGAACUAUAUCAGACAGCAAUAUCCGACGAGAGGCCGUCGACCCGGUUCGUCACCGACCCUCUUCGGCGAACAACAUGCGGCCGAUAUCGCAAAGUCCCUGGUCAAGGCCGAGAACACAGCCGAGGUGGUCCAGAAGCUUCAGACUGCACUACAGACGCAACAUAUAAGCAAUGUUGACAUCGAUCUGGUCUUGCCUCCUGGCGCCGUCAUUCCACUGCAACCUGCCGAUUUCGAAGAAGUGCCCGAGGACGAAGAUGACAUACUGGACCCUACGUUACGACAAUAUGGGAUGUAUACUCCUUUGAUCAAGUUAUUUGGUGAACCCAUCUUCUUGCCCACCUCGAGAUUACGGCGCGCACCGUCCAAGCCUAGUGCGCUGAACAGAACGAAGUCCUUCUCCAAGGAUCAGAAGAUCGAGCUACGGAGAAAGAUGGCGGAAUUGGUCGAUACAGAGGAGCGCUAUGUUUUGAAGGUGAACGAGCUGGUCACACACGUUGCAGACGAGUACAGACAGAAAGCGAAGGACCGGCAGCCCGGCAGUUUCAGCCCUUCGGCAGACGAUGUUGAGAAGUUGUUUCCCAAGUCUUCCGAGCAGAUUCUGCAAAUCAAUACAGCUUUCAUGCGGGAAUUACGGAAAGUCAUGGAUGAUACCGAAGAGGAUGCGUUGAAGGAUGUCGAGUCCGGUACCACGUCCUCGAGAGUGGGCGUUUCUGGUAGCCUAAUAGGCAAGACGAAAGAUGCAAGCGGAGCUCUGGCCAUGGCAAAGAUCAUGCUGGAAUGGUUUCCCAAGUUCACCGACUGCUACCAGGACUACAUCCGGUCCAGCCAAAACUUCCCCCAGCUCAUCACGUCCUUCGUCAACCAGCACUCGAGCUUCUCCCAACGAGUUGCGCUCACUGGAGAGCAGCAUCUUCGCUCCACCGUGAUCGAGCCCGUCCAACGACUGCCCCGGUAUAGCUUGGUCAUUGAUCAGAUUGUCGGCUGUCUCCCCAUCACCCAUCCGGCUCUCCAACCUAUGUUGAAGGCCCGGGAUAUCAUCGCCAACAUAUGUUCGAUGGACGAUCCGAUGGCGGACAAGCCACAUGUCAGCACGCGCCUGCGGAAUAUGAUUGAGAGUUGGCCUAAUGAUCUCGAACCACAAGGCCGUCUAAUCGUCGCGGCUGAUUUCUCCGAGGUACCUGCGCCAUAUCAAACUGCUGGGUUAUUAGAAACAUACUCGAGUGAACGUGCCGGGAUGUUUCUGUUGUUUGCAGACUGUGUUGUGGUUCUGAAGAAGGUUUACCAUGCCAAUAUGACAGCACGCGACCUGCUUCGAGAAAUCGACAAGCCAUCGCCAGCUGGUCUUUUGGCUUCAAUGACAAAUGCUGCUGGUGGACCGGGAUCGUACGAACUGGGCUUUGCCGGCUGGCACGCUCUCGCCGACGUUCGUUUCACCGAGUCUUCCGACGGACGCAUCAUCUGGAUGACCUCUUCAAAUGAGAUGAAGGGUGCACAUGCUGGAGAAUACGUGACCAACACUGCAAUUACUUCGCGAUGCUUCGUGCUACAAGAAUCGUACGAAGGAAGGGCUGCGAAGUGGAGUGAAGAUGUUGUGCGAGCCAGAGUGGAAGGCAGAUUCCCCGAGAAAGAGCGCGAGGAUCCGGGCUGGACCCUUCGUUCGGUGAAAAUGCCUGAUACAGGGUUGGGCCUGUACGCCGCCGUUUUCCAGGAGGGCCUCGACCAGCUGGUAGAAGGCCGGAGAGAGCCGGCUCCUAUUCGUAUCGUCGUUGACCACGACAAAGGCACUAAGGGCUCCCCAGUUGGCCAUUACGGCGUGGAAAUCUGUUCCGAUGUAAAGUCAGGAGACUGGAAUAAAGUGAUAGUCAUCACGGUAGGACUACUUGGCAAGAAGGCGACCGACGAGAUUGCUCUGGAAGAUUUCUUGCCAACGCUCGCCAGAAGGAUCAUACAAUUUCUCAGUACGCAAUUCAACGUCACGAACCCAAGCCUAACUCCCGCCGUUGUCUCGUUUCACACGAAGGUAUUGCGAGGAUUGAGCAUUUCCAACAAUAACAAUAACAACGGCCACCACAACAACAACCGGGCCGAAAGGGCGAGGUCCUUUUUAGGAACGUCUCCUGUCAAAUAUCUAUCCAGCUUUCUCGGUGGCGCUAGCUCUUCAGACACAGUCAGUUCGCCCAAGCAUCAGCGAACACCGGCUUUGGAGACUCCAACCCUGUAUCCCGGGCAGGUCAGCCGCGCAAAUAGCAGUCGAGACGCAAGCUCCUUGUACGGCUCGGCCAAGAGCAGAGAUGGCAUUCGGAUGGGUCCCGAUGACGACCGAGUAGAAGGACCACUAGUUCGACUCGAGCAGACUUUUACGGGCUACAUGGCUAGUCUCCAAGCACGCAAGGGAAGCUUCAUAGGAAGAACGCUACUCAACAGAUCAGGAGUGGACGAACUAGCAGUGAAUGAUCUUUACAACAAGCUCAUCGAAAGCCCGUAUGAUUUCGAUUUCUCGUCUGACCUGAACGCCGACGUCAUCUUCGAGGCUUUCGAGAAGUUCGUUCUUAUCGGGUGGAGGGAUAAGAUGGGACCAAUCAUGACGACCAAGGCCCUGGACGCGUUGCAGGAGCGGGCAUCGAAAAGGGUACCUGGAGACUUCGCUGAUUUUGUCCACUUUCUGUUUGCAGACAUGGCACCUCAGAAUCGAAGGGCAUUCACUGCUCUCAUCAAGCUUCUGGCCGACCUGCUUGAUGGUUGUGGGAAUGACAGCGAUAGAGGCGCAUUGACGCUUGCAUUUGCUCGACUUCUGGUCGACGACGGGACAGCCCAUGAGUAUAUUAACUUGCUCGACAAACUGGUUGAAGACUGUGAUCGAAUAUUCGAUGAUGCGCCUGGCAGUUUUGCUGCGAGCUUGGUUCAGGGCGGGUCCAUCUAUGACUCAAUGAACUCGACAACCCGUGGUGGAAAGUCGCAGACUGGGUCGCUGACGUCCAAUACAUCUUCUCUGAGGAGAAAGCUUGGUUUCGAUAACUUCUUGAUGCGACAAAACAGCAAGAACGAUGCCGAUCCUCGGUCAUCAGUCUGGCGCAGUCUCAGCAAACACAACAGCAGAAAUCCUGCGACAGGCGAGCCUUCAAGCUUGUCGAGGGCUACGGUCAACAGGACGAGAUCUGUCGACAUCUUCCAGUCCGGACCAAACAAGCUAAGGCGACCUGGCUCACGAGACAGGCCGCCGGUCGCUGGUGCUUUUGACGACACUUUUUCCCGACCUACCAGUUCGCAGAAGCUUGAAACAAUCGGGGAACCUGAUACUGAGGAGUCCAUCUCGAAAGAUGCGAGAAGGAAACGUCGAAGCUCGUUGUCUGACCUCAAGAGUCUGAUGGCCGCCACUAGCCUUGAAGACGAAACUCUACAACCUCUUUCUCACGUGAAGGAGACUUCAGAGAAAUUCAAUUCGAGCCCACGAAUUCCGUCACCAUCCAGAAUCCCAGUCAGUCCAAAGUCGCAAAAUCCGUCGAGCAACUCUUUCUUUCGCGCAUCGCGGCAAAAUGAGAUUCUUUUCACGGAUCCAUUUCAGACUGCGUCUCCGCCGAGUGUUCUUCAGACUGCGUCUCCGUCGAGUGUUCCUCGUAGGAAGGGACAUCACAAAAUGAUGUCCACUUCGAGUAUUCCAACGCUCAAAACCACGCGUGAUACCGUGAUAGAACCAGCGGAGUCGACUUCCCGGCCAGCGACCAGCCCCACGAAGGCACCUGGGAAGCUACGAUUACAAUCUCCGCAGAAACUUCGCGAGCGGCUUCAAGUGGAGAAGAAAGCGGUGGAGGAUGUGGAUGCCAACCUGCAGUCGGAACUGUCAAAGAUAACAGCCGAUAUGGCAAAGGUGAACUCGACCCUUCCUCGUACCGCGACGGUCGAUAUCAGAAAGCUGUCAUCGAGUAUCCAAGCGCUCGAGGAUCGUGUUCCAAAGCUCAUCGCAAAUCUCUCUGACCGUCAAGGACAACUGCAGAAGGACAUGGACACGUCGCUAAAGGCAGCGGAGGCGAAGGUCAAGGCUAUCGAUCAGCUCUAUAAGGAAGGCCAGGCAGAAAACGAGCUGCUGUACGAGAAGUUCAACAGCGAGUUGGGCAAGAUUGUCAAGGCGCUCAAAGGAAAGGGGCGCGAAGACAAGGAAGAGCUGAUAAGCAAGAUGAAGGACUGCAGCGAAGAGACGGCGCGGGUCAAGAAGGAGAACGCGCGCCUUCGUCGCGAGAUGAUCAGUCUCCGGGCACUGGUCAAGGGGAACAACAACGACGCCUAG